CAACAACAAGUUACUCACUUGAAUGUUUUUCUUCAUUGUUCAGGUAACAUCAACAAUCUGUUGUAUCUUUUACUCAUGUUGAUCAGUUGAUUAUGAUAAAAAUUGUCACUUUUUAUCAAUAAUUAAAUUACUUUUUCCAUAGAACUUGUAAUAUUGAUUAGUUAUUGAAAACAAUCAACUAAAACCAAAACAUCAAAAAGUUUUCACCAUAAAAACUGUCAACAUUCAUGGACACUUUAUAUUCAUCGUUAUGAUUGCAACCCUUUUGUUUCAUCACAUUGGACCAAUCGUUUAACACCAAUUAACUUUUAUCAAUAGUUACUCAUUAAUCAUCAAUAACCAUUAACGACAAUUAAAUCACAUCUUCCUUGUAUUUAAUCAACAAUUUAAUUGCUGUCUCGUUGUAUCAAUAAUCAAGAUACACAUAAACAACAAGCGAGUGGUAGACAAACACCAAACCUUUACUUCAUGUCUUCAGCUGGGACAACUUUCACCGUUCAACAGGUUCAUUGAUCAUCUUUACCACCUUCAUCACCAUUAAUCUUAAUCUUGAUCAACAUCAUCAUCACUCUUGUUCAAUUGUCAAUUCUUUUUGUCAUCUUUAUCUAAUUCUAAAGCUCAAAUUAUCUGCUGGUUCGGCUCAUCAGCUUGUGCACUCGGAGAGCUUCAAAUCUUUGGGUUGUUUUUUCUCUCUCUCUCUCUUUUCUCGCUUUUUCUGCCAAUACAAAUCAACGUUUUUCUUUGUUCUCUCGCUUUCUCUGUUUACUACUUUCUCCUUUCUUAAUCCAAGUGAAUUUAUUUUAAUUUUUUCUUCUUAAUCUUCCUUGUGACUCAUACACACAUUAUGUCCAUUGUGUGUCGGUCAUUUAGGCAAAAUGCCUGGAAGAAAGAUCUUUGUUCGGAUUGUUUUAAACCCGAAAAUGAUCAUGUUGAUGUUUGUGUCUCUUCCAAUGGACAAAAGAAUCUAAUCAAUUCAACCGAUUGGAAUGGUAAAGUUCAAUCUCUACAAUCAACCAAGGCCAAUCUAAGUGAAUUAAGAAAACCAACUAAUGGAUCAACAAACAGUUUUAAUAACAAAGUCAACAAUCAUGUAAAUAGUAAUUCCUAUAACAAUAAUAACCGAAAGAAAACCAACCCAACGACAACAUCAACAGUCAACACCAUGGAGAUGAACAGUGAAAAUAAUAUUGUCUCCAAUGGGGAUAUUGUUAAUGGUAAAGUUGCCAUACUUAAUCAACGUAAUUUGGAUAAAUCAGAUGAUUUAUUUGAAACGGUAAAAAGUACAAUCAACGGUACUAAUCAUGGUAAACACAUGGUAAUCAAAUCAAACUCUGCUCCAAUAGUUACAACAACAACCAAAAUUGUUGGUAUUUUAAAGGUGAAAAAUGAUUCAGGUGAUCAAUCAAGAAAAGGGUCAGUUAAAUUUUCAGUUGAUCCAAUUGUGAUUGGUUAUUGUGAUGAUGAAGACUCAGGUAAUGAAGAGUCUGAAGAAGAGCUUGAUUAUUGUGAUUACAAAGGAGGAGAUGAUGAUGAUUAUUCUGAAGAGGAUUCGGAAUUUUCUCGUUUAACUGCUUUAAAUACCCGAUUUAAUUCAAUCGGUGCUAAUCUUCGUGAUGCCAAAAACCUUCAAACCUUUGGUCAGAUCAACAAUCAAAGUAAUGGGAUCGCUUUUCGUAUUGGUGAUUUCAAAUCAGAAACCAGGAAACAUGAAUACGAUGAUACAUUAAUUGGCUGUAACAGAGUCUCCGAGUUAAUUGGUGAAGAGAAACGUGGUAAAUUAACUAAUGGAUCCAAUUUCCCAACAACAACAACAACAACCACAAAUGGGAUCAACGGGUUAUCAUCAUCAACAUCCGUUGCAACAACAUCAAUGGCUACAAUUACAACAACAACAACAACAGCAACAAACAAUAGUAACAAUAAUCACCAACACAAAGAUAAUCAUACCAACAACAAUGGCAAGUCUGUGAUUGAAGAUGAGGUGACAAUUAACAGUAAUGGUGGUAGUUUAGUUAAUAAUAAUGGUCAGGAGGAAAGUAACAAUAAAUUAACAACAACAAAUGGUAAACAAGAGGAUCACCAACAGGUUAAUGAUAAUAUUAAAAAGUGCGUCGGGAAUCAGAUUAACAAUACAAUUAAAGGUGACAAAAGUUCAUCAACUUUACCUUCAUCAUUACCAAUCAAUUGUAAUGUUGUGGUCAACUCUUCUUCUGGGAUUAACUCCAGUUCAUCAUCAACUACAACAUCUCAGGGUCAAUUGUCGUCAACCUUUAACACCACCACCACCAAUAACAGCAACAAUUUAUCAACCUCCACAAUUACUCAUAAUUGUUUUGUUACUUCAAAUGCUGGAAAUAAUUUUAUUAGUGAAAAAGAUGAAGUUAAUGAUACAUCAUCGUUUUCAUCCUCUACAAUUAAUUGUAUGACAAAUGGAGGAACCUUGAAUUCAAAAUCAACUUCCCAAGCCAAAAUCAACCACCACAAUGAGACAAUUAAAGUAACUCAACAACAAUUAACUACACCUUCAAUUUCAUCAACUACUACUAUUAAUACAAUCAACACAAGUAGUUUAUCAUCAACUCCAAUUGUUUCAGUUGCUCCAAUGAAAUCUGAAUCAAUUACUGUUAAUGUCACAUCAACAUUGAAAAAUAAAUCAAAUUACCUCGAGUUAUCAGAGGAAAUUGAUGAAAUCAAAUCAGACUGUCAAUCUGUUUCUCUAAAAAUCACCAACAAUAAGACUGAUUUAACUGAUGGUCAGCUAAUUGUUACCAGUUUACCGAUAACCAAUACAACUCAAUUCGUUGAUAAUUUAAACGGUGAUUCCGGUGUAAACAUGAAAUCAAUUAGUGAAACAACAGCAAAAACAAAUGACAAGGUAAUCGAUGAGAUGAUUCCUGAUAUAAAUAAAUCGUCGCCCAUUUCAGUUAAUUAUGAGGUGGAAAAUGAAUUAUCAUCAUCAUCAUCUGAUGAAAAUAAUGAAAUUGAUGGAAAAGAUGUAAAAUCAAUGAACGAUGAAACCGAAUCAAUUGAUUAUCCUGUAGAUGAUAUUGAUGAUUGUUCAUCAUCAACAAUUGAUAUCACUGAUGAUGUUAUUACAACGACCAAUUCAACUAUCUCUAUCCCUGAUGAUGAUACCGACGACAAAAACGAUCGUGAUGAUAAUGAUGAUAAAGUUAACGAUGCUGUACUAACAUCAUCCGUAUCAUUAACCUUAACCACUAGAAUCAAUGAUUAUGAUGAUGAUAAUGAUUCUGAUUCUGAUAUAAGUGAAGAACGAUCUGUUGAAAGUAUCGAUGUUUCAACAACCAUUAACAAUCAAAAUAACUCACAAACUAAUCAAAUUGAGGGUAAAAUUAAUUCAAUUAAUUUUGAUACCGAUGAAAAGACUGAGAUUCCCAAAAAACCGGAAAGAUCAUUGAAAUCAUCAUUAAAACCCAAAAUACCAUGUAAACCAUUAUCAUUAAGUAAUAAGGUCAAUGAAGAUGACACUAUUUACGGUAAUGGCAUUGAUUUAAUGAUUAACACUGAUAAUUGUAACAAUAAACAUUAUGAGGUUGAUUACUAUCGUCAAACUGAUUCAAUGGUUGAUCAGUUUGUUCAAUCAAAAAGUGAAUUCAAUCCAAUAACAUGGAAUCAUGUUAACUAUUCAAAUAAUCACAACAAUCAGCACCAAUCAAGUAGGGAAUUACGUCUUGCUGAAUUAGCGCAAGAAUUGGAAUCAGUUCGUCAUCCAGGUAAACGUCAAGCUCCUGUUAAUCCAUCAGGAUCAUCAGGAUCAUCAGGAUCAUCAUCAUCUUCUUCAACUUCUUCAGCCUCAUCAACAACGUCUUCUGCUUCAUCACCACUUCAUGAAGUCUAUGAUAGACCUGUAAGGUAUAACACUAUCAGCCGAUCAAAUUUACCCGCUCCACCGCCUCGACCACCUCCACCAAGUUCUGGAUUGAAACAUAUUGUCAAUGGAGUUACCAAUGGAUCAAACCUUUUCCACUCCAAUGGUAACAAAGACAAGGAGAGUAGCGGUGGAACCAAAUUUUCAUUGAAAAAAUUGUUAAAACUAUCCAAGGAUGACAAUGAUUUGGAACACAAUGGAGAAACAAUUAGUGGUAAAACUUGGAAACACAAGUUUGAUCUAGAUAGACGGAAAAGUAGCCCAGGUCACAAUCAAUAUCAUCUUAAUGAACCAGAUCGAUCAUCAACAUCAGGUUCAUACGAAGUAAAUAAAUCAAUCUACUCAACGGGUCGAGAACGUAGCUAUUCAUUGAGUGGAAACUCUUGUUUAUCUCAAUCACAGCAACAACAACUACUAAUUCAACAACAACAACAACAAUUAAAAUCGACCAAUGGUUUUCGUCCUAUUGUUCCUGCUCGAAGAAGCCGAUCAAGUGAUAUUAAUGCUCAAAACAAUUCUCAUAAAAAAAACAAUUCAUCCGAAAGCACAACCUUAAAUCGUUACAAUCCAAUUGCCUCACCAUCACCAUCAUCAUCAAUAACAAAUGGUUCCUCCUCAAACAAAUCAAUCAUCAACGGAUCAUCAUCUCAAUUAACCAUCUCACCAGUUUGCUCACCAAUCAAUGGACAUAAUAUUUCAUCACCUUCACCACCAUCAAUUUCAUCAUCAUCAUCAUCAUCAUCAACCUCACCUUUACCUCGAUCAACAUCUAAAUUAACUUCACCAUCCGAUUUAAUCUUAACCAAUCUUAAUUUAGAUUCUGCUUACACCGUUAUUGCCAAAUAUAAUGUAGACACAAUUAACCGAAUCCUUCACAAUUAUUCAAUUUGUCAUCAAUCGUAUAAGAAUAUAUCGAAAAAGGAUCUUUUCUAUGAGUCCUUCCGUCUUAUUGGAUCGGAGGCCAAGAUUUACAAAGACGCUUAUCUCAAAAGUGAAACAAUAUCAGCAAAUUUUCUGGUCACCCCGUUGGCUUAUUCAGUUCGUUCUGAGACUUCGGUUGAUCUUCAGUAUGGCCAAUUCAUUGAUUCUGAUGAGAAUAUCAAAUUAUUCGCUCUUAAACCAGAAUUUGAUUUAAUUCUUACACUUGAUCGUUUGUUGGACGAAGAUUUUACCGAAUUAACUGGAAACCUUAGCUCAAAAAGCGCUGCUUUCAUCAUCUUACAAGCAAUCGGUUUACUCAAAUACUAUCAAGCCAAUGGAAUUGAGGAAAUUAACGAGGAAAAAUUAAAAUUAACUAUGUUAUGUUGUAAUAAGAAACAAUUAACCAACAACAUUUACUUUAUCAGUCCACCAUUUGACUAUGUCUCCAAUGUCACCAAUCGAGAUCAUUCAAAUUCAUCGCCAUCAAUGUCACUUUGUAAAUGUGUUAAACUAUUGGUUAAAAACUUGAGACGAAAGUUAAUUAAAUCGGACGAUGUUAUUAACUAUUUGGAGGAAAUUUUGGACGACGAUAAAGUAUCUACACUGUCCAUCGCCAAAACGAUAUGUGAGAUGAUUUUAUUUGAAGUUCCAUGGAAUUUUGAAUCACCAGGAACUCUGGAACUUUGGUUGGACAUUCAACGAACUAAAUUCAUCAAUUUGUUAAACUAUGAAAACGAAACUGAAUCAAUGAGCCAGAAAACAGUUCACAAUUAUUACUUUAUGUUAUUUUUAACUCGAUCCAAUAUCAACCUAUUAUUUCAAUGUAUCAAUCAGAUACGAGUAAGGCUAUUGAAUCAAUUGUACUGAUCAAUCAAUCAAAAAAAAACACUAAUUAACUAAUUGUAUGUGAUAUAAUUGAAACUCUUUA